CAGCUCGGCCUAUUCUUUCCAAACGCCGUUCUGAAGGUUUUCAUUCCUUUGGAAACCAACUGCUUGGUGAACGGGAAAUUCCUAACAACUAUAAGGGAAUCUUGAUUUCAGGACGCGCGAAACGCGAUCCCCAUCGAUCUGGGUUCUCUGUAUAUCUUGUCCGCAAUUCGCGGCUGGUCUAUCGACUCUGAUCUCCCCAUGCACUGAAAGUCUCGGAUCGCGAAGCAUAAUGGCGGCGGCCGACGUGGACUUGGGCUAUCUGUCCACACAGGCCGGCGUCCCGGACUCGGACUUGCAAACGGCACUGACUGAGCCUACGGCGGAGCUGGUGAGGUCAAUCCUCGAAGCGGUCCUCACCAAGCUGCGUGACCUCGAGCAAGAGAAAUUCCAAGUUGAGAUCGAACUCGAGGGCGCCAUCAGAGGCUCUGAAUCAAGGUGCGAACAAUUCAAGGCCACCUCCGACAAGGCGCUCAAGGAAGUUGAGGAGCUUCGACAGAAACUGCAAAGUGAAGAAACCGCCCGUCGAUCGCUUGAGAAUGAGCUGCAUACCCUCAAAUCAUCUGGGACGGCGUCUCUUUCAGAAAUUGAAUCCCUCCGAGCACGCAUCGCCUCCCUGGAAGCAUCGAAUCGCGAAACUUUGGCCAUCGUCGAUUCAAAGACCUCGGCAAACACCAGCCUAGCCGAAGAGUUGCAGAAGCAGCACCAGCGAAUUGUGAGGCUCAACCAGGAGGUCUCAUCACUGAACCAAUCGGUUCAGAGCGCACAGGCUGCGGCCAACUCGGCCAAAUACAGGGAGGAGGCUCUGAAACAGGAGCUCCAGCUCGCUAAAAGGAACAACGAGUGGUACGACGCCGAGCUCAAGACUAAGGCUGCCGAGAACCUAAAGAUCCGGAAGGAGAAGGGCGCUCGAAUUGCCGAGCUGCAACGGCAGAAUGAUGAGGUGAACUCUACGAUCGAAUCGCUUACCCGGACUGAGCAGCAGCUGCGCAAGAGAUUAGAAGAGGCCCAGGCAAAGGCUGAUGAGGCGCUGACCAAAGUACAGCAGCUGCAAGAGUCCGCCGCCCGUGCCGAGGAGAGCUUCAGGCAGGAGUUGGAGUCGUCGAGACGCUUAGUCGAGCUCAAGGACCAACAGUCUCAAACCCAUCGCAAUCGGCUCAAGGAGGUGGAGCUUCGACUCGAGCAAGUCAAGGAUGAUUGUGCUGAAGAGGUUCGCCGUAUCCGGCGGGAGCUCGAACAAGAAAAAGAGGACCAUGCACAGUCGGAACAGCAGGCACAAGAACUUCAAACAGAAGUGGACCGCCUCAGGGCUGUGCUCGACUCCUAUCAAGGGGCACCUAGUUCUGAACCGCAAACUCCCCGGCCCAAUGGUUCUUUCCUUGCUCGUCCCGCUUCCCCGUUCGGCACUCCCGCAUCACUACGUGGCAAGACGUCCUACCGCGCUACUGAGACUCUCGAGGAGCUUCUUAAGGUCAAGGCACAGCUUACUGGUGAGCAGCGGCGGAGCCAGAAACUGCAAGAGGAUCUGGACGACGCCGUCAGCAUGCUGGAGGCCAAGUUGCCCGAGAUUGAUGAGCUCACCGCAGAGUCGGAACGUCUGAGGAAUGAGGCAAUACAGAUGUCCGAGAUUAUGCAACAGUCAUACGAGGAGCGCGAUGCUGCCGCCAAAGCUGCUCGGAAAGCCGAGGCCGCUGCCGCCACGGCUCAAGCCGAAGUCAAGAUCCUUCGCACGCAGCUGCGCGAUCUUAGCACGCAGAUCCAUGUCCUCAUCUUUAAUAUUCAUGCCCGGGAGAAGGGCAUGGACCAGCUCACGGACGAGGAGACUGCGCAGUUCGAGCGCCUUCAGCGUGGCGAGGUUGCUGAGAAUGCCUUGGACGACUUGUCGGACACCCAUCGGUUCAUUACCGAGAGGUAUACGGCAUUCAAAGACAUAUACGAACUGCAACAGAAGAACGAAGAGCUCUUGAGCCUCACCCGCCAGCUGGCCACGCAAAUGGAGAACGAGGAGGCUCUGGCUGCCCAAAAACAGGCAGCUCAAGAGCAUGAGGAAGUCCAGCAGCUCCGAACCACCGUGUCGGCAUUGCAAGAUGAUGUCCGGUCUGUCACGAUGCGCAUGAAGAGCUACAUGAACGAACGCGAUAUGUUCCGCCGCAUGCUUCAGCAAAAGGCUAGCCCAGCCGAGAUCCAGAAAGCCCUUGGUACUGGAGAUGCUGGCCAACGAGAGGUGCUCGCUAGCAUCGAGCAAGGCCCGCACCCUGACGAGGCUGAUCUCACUGCUGCCCUGAGAGAGCUGCAGUCGCAAUUCGACUCUUACCGGAAUGAUCAGGCUACAGACCGAAAUGCUAUGAAGGAACAGAUUGAGAAACUCUCGACUGAGAAAGGCGCCCUUCAAAGUGAGGUUUCUCGUUUGUCGAGCCAGCUCACCUUGGCUACCGAGCGCUAUAACAUGCUUGAGUCGAACUUCAAAGCGAUCCAGACCGAGAAGCAAGAGCUCCAACGGAGGGCUCAGACGCUGUCCGAGUCCGCGGCCAAGCAAGACAUGCGGACUCAACAGGUGGCCGAAGACCUCGUCGAGGCUCGCGGCUUGGUUGAGAGCCUUCGCAGUGAGAAUGCCAACCUGAGAGCUGAAAAGACGCUAUGGAAGACGAUCCAAGAGCGUCUGAGCCAAGAUAAUGAGAAUAUCUCGCAGGAGAAGGCGAGGCUCAGCAGCCUACUGUCAAGUCAGCAAUCGCUCCUCAACGAACGUGAGCUGAGCGAGUCCGAAACGAAGCGCAGACUUCAAGGCCAAAUCGACGCGCUCGAUAGCGAACUUGCAACAACUAAACGUAAGCUCCUGGAGGAAAUGGACGAGGGCAAGAAGAUACAACUUAGGAAGGAAUUUGAUGCCCAGCAAUUCCAGAAGCGCAUCGACGAGCUCACGUCGAUGAUCAGCCAAAUCAAGGAGGAGAAUGUUCAGAUCAAGACGACUCGCGACCAUCUCCAAGCCCGCGUCGGGGAAUUGGAGAUUGAACUCCGGAACGCGCAAGAGCGCGCCGAAAGGCUCCGUCCUCUCCCGACGCCUCGGCCCGGAACUACGCAUGAGCCAUCGGCUCCCGACAGUGAACAUCAUGCACGCAUUGAAGAACUGGAGGGUGAAGUCACCGAACUCAAGAAUAACUUGGAGUUGCUCAAUGUACAGCUCGAGAAUGCUAAACAGCAGGCUGAGCAGUUCAAGCAGCUCAGCAAGGAUAUGGAAGAGGAGCUAUCCAGCCUCAACGAGUCUCAUGAGCAGUAUCGCGAUGAAAUGGAUGCGGCUCUGGCGGCCAAGACCGCGACAAUCAACGAACUUCAACAGCGUGUUGAAGCUCUCACAACGGAACUAGGCAAUUCCAACAGCGAACUUAAUAGGUUGAGGGAUGCUCAGAGCGACGUUGCCCGCAAAUUUGAGGAGAAGGAGAGGAUGCUCAACAGUGAGAUUGCUCGCCUCAAAGAUGAGGAGCAGCGCUACAAAGAGACUGCCAAAUUCCAUCAACAAGACUUGCGCGCCCAAGCCGAGAUUGCCACCAAGGCGCAGCAAGAUUACGAGCAGGAGCUCGUGAAGCAUGCCGAAGCGGCCAAGCUGCUGCAACAGCUCCGCGCCGAACACAACGAGCUCAAGACCAAAUCGGCGGCAUGGAGGGCUGAAGCAGAUUCCGCCCGACUUUCCUUGGCACAGAGCGAGCAGUCUUGGGAGGAGCGCCGGGUACAGCUGGAGCAAGAAAUCCAGGAACUCAAAACUAGACGAGAAGAUGCCGCUGCCCAGAACAAGCUUCUCCAUCAGCAACUUGACAGUGUGACGGCCCAGAUUGCCAAUCUUCAACAAAGCCGGGCGCUGACGGAUGGCUCCGACGGUAGCACGUUACCUGCUGUUGCCGACACUGCAGCCGAGGGUCUGAGGGAGCUGAACAAUUAUCUGCGCCGGGAGAAAGAGAUUCUCGAGGUGCAGUAUGACAUCAAGCUUCAGGAGGCGAAGAGGCUGCAACAGCAGCUCGAGUACUCGCAAUCACAACUUGACGAGGCGCGCCUCAAACUUGAACAGGAGCGUAGAGCACAUGCCGACAGCUCAAGGAGCUCGCUCACCCACAAGGAGCUUAUGGACAAGCUCAAUGAGCUCAACCUCAUCCGCGAGAGUAACGUCACUCUCCGGAACGAGAACCAGCGCAUCCAAGCGCAGCUUGAGCAGAAGACUCAGAAGAUCGGGGAACUGGAGGCUAGGAUUCAGCCUUUGGAGGCACGGAUUUCGGAGCUUGAGCUUGACAAGACCUUUAAGGAACAAGAGAUCAAGCAAUUGCAGGAUGCUCGCGACGGUCUACAAAAGAGAAUAGAGUCUAUCCUCAGCAAGUAUGGCCAAGCCGAUUCCCACGAAACCGAGCAGCUCAAGGCCACCAUUACAAAUCUCGAGACCGAGCGCGACGCUCUGAAACUAUCAGAAGAAUCACUCAAACAGAAGGUUAAAGAAGGGGAAGAAGCGCUCGAGGCUAAGACAAGUGAAUGGAACUCAACCAAACAGCGACUCGCAGAGGACUUCAAGGGGCGGUUUAGAGAUAUGAAGAGGCAACGUGAUGAAGCAAUCGGCGAAAAGAACACACUCCAGAGCAACCUCGAUUCGGUCAAUGAACGGCUUGCCAGCACCGAGAAAGCGCUUGAAACAGCGAAGCAAGACCUGGCCAGUCUGACCGAAAAGAACAAAGUUCUAGAAGAGCAAGCAGCGACUCAACAAGCCGAACAAAUCUCUGCGGCACCCAUUGAGACCGGGCCGUCUGCCGAGUUCUUGCAGCAACUCGAAGACGUGAGGCAGGAGCUCGAGGCUGUUACGUCACAAAAGGUUGCCGCGGAGACCCAGCUCGAACAGUUGAGAGAGGAACUCGCGUCAGCCAUUGCAGAGCGAGACCGGGCCGUGGCGAGCGCGACUGAAUCGUCGGCUGCCGCCGAUCUCACAAUGCCAGAUGCCGCAGCCCCGCCCUCCCAGCCAGCUGUUGGUCUCUCGGACGAAGAGCGGAAGGCCCUGGAGGAUAAAAUCGCGGCUGCUGAGGCCAAGGCUGCUGAAUUCGAACAGAAGGCCAAGGACCUUGAGGAGCAUGCCGAUUCUAUUGUUCGGCAACGAAGUGAGAAGAUGAAGAGCACUCUCAACAAGAAGCUUGCCGAAACGAAGGAGAACCUGGAGAAGCAGGCGCAGGAAGAUCGCGCUAAGAUGCAAGCCGAAUUCGAACUGAAACUUCAGCAAGAGCUGGCCAUCGUUAAGGCGGAGCAGCAGACAUCGGGACCGCAGAACGGCCUGCCGUCGACACCGGCGAAACCAGCUGAGGCGCAAGAACCACAAACUCCGAGCCUCAGCAUGCCAGGUUCCUUAGAUCCAAGCACGAUGAGCGAUGUGCAGAUCCGGGAAUUUGUCGCCACAAACCCGACUGUUUCCAGCAUUGUCAAAGCUAAUGUCAAGAGAAUGGUGGCAACAGAGGCGAAAAAGAUCAAGGAAGAGACCGAGGCUUCGGUCAAGGCGGAAUACGAACAGAAAAUCACCACGGCAAAGGAGCAGGCUGCUGAAUUGACCGAGAAGAAAUCGGCACUUCGCAUCAACAUGCUCGACCGGCAACACAAGACUGCCCAGGCCAAGAUUGCUGUAGUCGAGGCAGCUGCUAAGGAAACUCCUCAAAGGCCAGUAAUUGAGGUUUGGAACAUCGCCAAGGACGCCAAACCUCCAGCACCCGCCGCUGCCCCUAAUUCGGUGCCAUCGCCAGCUCCACCACAACCAACUGCUGCUCCUGCGGCCACGACGGCUCCAACGGAGGCUCCCCUGUCUGCUCAAGUUGCUCAGGCCGCCUCUCCUUCAGCGCCCGCUGCGCCUGCGUCUCAGGGUCCCACAGGCGUUCCUCUCUCAGCAGAAGCCAAAGCACCCGCACCUGGGCCCCAGAGUGGGCUUCCGCAGCCAAAGCCGGCUACGGGGAUUCCCAACCCCUUCGCCAAUCCGAUCGGGCAAACUGCGCCGGCGAGCAGUAUCCCGUUACCAGCACAGCCGGCAGCACCGGCCCAAGGGCAGAACCAAAAUCAACAAGCAAGGGGGACAGGUAUUCCAGUCCCCAGAGCCGGCGCUAACAUCGCCCGUGGCGGAGGACGGGGCACCUAUCAGGCUGGGCCCAACCGCGGCGGUCAGGGAUAUCGCGGCGGGCGUGCGGGCGGCAAUCGCGGUGGCUUGAAUCCCAGCGCGGGAGAGUUUAGCCCUGGCGGCGGGGGCGGCGGUGGGGCAGGGAACAAGCGGCCGCGGAAUGACGAGGCUGGAGGUGGGGAUAGAGGAGGAAAACGUGCUCGCGGCGGCGGUGGUGGGUAAGGAGGUCACUUGCCUGUCGUUGGAAAGGUUUUCUUGCGCCAAAGGGGAAGGGGACAGGGGGAGUUAGAGAUCUGUACCGGACCAGGACGAGAUUAUCUCGGUUGAAACAUCACUGGUGGGAGGGUUGCCGGCGAGAGGAAAAUUGAUUGCUACUUAUGGCUCUUUUGUAUUAUUGUUACAUCAAGGCACCUCUUGGGCGGCUCUUUUGUUGUCGUCGAGACACAGCAGGGAAUGGGAAUGGAGUGGCUUCUGAGACAAAUCUUGCUUCUGGCGCUGGCGAGAAAGGAGAGGCAGGCAGCAUCGGCGGUUGACGGCACGCGUGCUUGGUACAACAUAUGGUACAUUUUCCAGACUGCUAUUCGUCGGUUGACCAUGUCUGUGGUGUAGCGCGAUCUGUGAAAAAGGCAAUUACUUGGAGAUCUAGUCAUUGUUUGUUCAAUUCUGAGGCCUAAUGAUGUUUGCAUUGCAAGUUG